GUGAAGUACAGUAGUAAGCUGUCGUUCAGAUCAACAAGCCACUAUCUUGGAAGCAGUUUGAUAAACACUCACUGUUCCUCAGUUGAUGUCAGUCGUGUCCAGCGAGUAACCGACACUAGCUAAACUAGCCAGCCACAUAACGUUAGAGGUUGGAUGACAUCGUCGGUUGAACUUUAAAAGACAAUUGGCUCGUUUUUCUAUCCAUUUCACAUCAGGCAAGUCCGUGACAACUGAACAGCCAACGAUCUUGUUUUUUCAUAGGCUUAAUAUUUUCAAUACACAACCGAGCUAGCUAGCGACAACUUUUUUUAAAUCGUUUAUUUGGCAACUUCUCACUUGUGCUAACGUUAGCAAACACUUUUUUUUGCCAUUCAGAUCGACUUAUUUUUCUCGCCAAGCAGCUUUUCGUUUUGUCAACAAGCCGCUAUUUCUCUCUCUCUUUCUCGAAGAACUGACGUUGAUUUACUUUUCAAACCGACGAUAUUUAGCAUUUAACAGUAGGUUAAUAAAGAGGGCAGAGCAACCAUAGCAGUCGAAGAAGUGUUAGCGUCAGCUUUUACCAGCCAGCCAACCAAACCCUAGCCAGCUAACGUUACUUGAACCAUUUUACCAGUCAUUUAGAGACGUCUUGAACUGGUUGGUGCUGUAUUCAGGACAUUUAACUUUUAAAUUGCCCGGUUGAUACACUGUAGAGUAACUAUCUAACGUUAGCCAGCUCUCGCUUUUAAAAACAACAACAACCAACAACUGACAGAACGGCGAGCCACCUGAGUGUUAGAAGUAGACCCGUGGUUGGACCUAAGGCAAGUUGUGAAUCCCUCAUCGGCUUCUUAUAUUAAUAUCAGUGUUAUUGUUGAAAAUGGCGGCGGUCGGAAUGGUGCAGAUGUUGAUCGAAGCAGCCGAGUACCUUGAGCGCAGGGAACGAGAAGCUGAACAUGGCUAUGCCUCCAUGCCACCCUUCAUCAGCAGCCAAGAGAGGGAAAGCUUAAAGAGGAAAAGCAAAAGCAAGAAAAACACAAGUAGCAGGUCUACGCACAAUGAAUGGAAAAGAACAGGUAUGUAAAAACGGGCACAUCUACGGCUCUGUUUAGAGCGCUUAAAGUCUCUCGUUCCCCUAGGACCAGAUGCUAACAGACACACCACUCUAAGCCUGCUGAUGAAAGCCAAAGAUCAUAUCAAGAGGUUGGAGGAGAGCGAUAGGAGAGCUCAGCACACCGUGGAGCAGCUACAGCGGGAGCGGAGACAUCUGAGGCGGCGUCUGGAGCAGCUAGGGGUGGAGAGGACCCGCAUGGACAGUACCGGCUCCACUGUGUCUUUGGACAAGUCUGACUCUGACCAAGAGGACCUGGAUGUGGACGUGGAGGGGACGGACUACCUGCUGGGUGACCUGGAGUGGAGCACCAGCAGUGUCAGCGACUCGGGCGACGAGCGGGGCAGCCUGCGCAGCAGCUGCAGCGACGAGGGCUACUCCAGCGCCAGCCUGCUGCUGCUGCAGGACACUCAGGAGAGGGCCAAGCAGCUGGGCUGCAGCCUAUAGACAGCACUGGGCAGCACAACUCCCCCCACCCUCAGCCACUCUCGUCCCAAUAUUGCCUCCCCACUCCAUAAGCCCACUCUGACCUCCCCCUCCCACCUCCGUCCCUCCAUGCUGUGACUGACCAAGUCUGAGGCCUCUCUUCCAGCCAGGCCUCUGCAGACGUCCCGUUCCCACCAGACUGCAACACCUGCGAGACACCUGCCCGCAUCCAGCCCAUCAGCAGCGGUCAGUCUUUUAGGGUGUCGCCCGCUCCGCACCAGUUAAAGACACUCCACCCAUCUCUCCGUCCAUCCAUCACAAACACAACUUUCAGCCAGAGAAUGUUACCACACAAUGUCCCACUGCCUCUUUUCUAUGCCUCAAGAGUCAUGGAAUCACUUGAGAUAUCACCCUUACUUACACACACACACACACACACACAACACACACACACACACCACACACACACACACACACACACACACACACACCACACACACACACACACACACACACCUACCUCAUUGCUCUUAGUUGUCCAGUGAGACCGAGUCCUUCCAAAGGUGUGGCACUGACAUGAUCACCAACCAGGUAACCCAUCUGUGCAUGGUAUUUAGCACUUACAAUAGCAUUUUUUUGUUUAAAUCUUUUUUUUUUUUUUUAAACAAAACUGUUUCAUCUUUUUUCAAAUGCUGACUCUUAGAAACUUAAAGGGCACCCACUACAGCAGUAAUGUUACAAGAUGAAGUGAGCGUUUGAAACGCAUGCCACGUGUCUGCCUGUGCCGGGGGGUGCAGCAGAGUUUUAGGGGACACUGAAAGUAAAACUGUGUGUGGUGUUAAACUGUUGGGGGCCGACCACAAUGCGUCCCUACGCACCCAGGCAGUGGCAGGCUACUAACCAACCUGUCCACAACUGCUAUUCAGAGGGAAAAGUAACAAAAAAACAUCGCACACACAAAAUAGUGCAGCAUGAGACUGUGAAGGGGCCCAGGGAAAUGGGAGUUUUUUUUUCUUUUUUGGGGGGGGGGGGGGGGGGGGGGUCUGCCUCUCUCUGAUGACUGUGGCGUUUUUCUUAAACAGCAUCCUUUUUAUCCUAAUGUGUGUGUGGUGUGGUGUGUGUGUGGUGUGGUGUGUGGGGUCACGUCUGAGCCUGGCGACGACAGGGUCACUAACAGGUUUGGGAAGCUGUAACAGCGGCCCCCAGGCCCAGGGCUGCCCCCCCGCCCCGGUCACCAGGUACUAACAGGAAGGGAAGAGCCGCGGAGCAGUCGGGGGACUGGAGCACAUUCCAUAACGUAGGGAGGACAGGAAGGUUUUUUCACGAGUGGACGGUCCUGCCAAUCAUUUCUGAAGGGAGAGUUGAGAUUGAGACGAGCCGAGUCGCCCUGAAACUAAAACGACUGGCGCGGACUUCUCAGUAGGAACACCCGGAGAAAUGGUCUCCUCUGUGUUCACAUGGAAAGCUCGAAAAUGUUUAAAAAAAAUAAUAGUAACAUAUUUUCUCUCCUUUGCCUUGCCUUUAUAGCUAUUUAUUGUUUCUGCAAAGUGUUAAUGUAAAUAGUUCACAGAAAGAUGUUAUGUCUAACAACAAAUGUAUUUAUUAGAUAUGCUGAAUAUAUAGAAGAAAAUAUAGAACUAUAUUUAAUUAGUCAUAGCUUCUGUUCUUCUUGUGGUUGCGGUUUAUUGAGCGUAUUUAGAAACGUCUCCGGUGUGUCUGUUCAGAUUUGGGCAGAGGGCUCCUGAAAACCUUUCUUUGUGGUUGAUCCUACUUUUUAGCUUUCAAAGCCAUCUUGCACUAUAAUGCAGGAAUAAAAGGAAAAAAAGAAAAAAAUCUGAAUAAUAUAUGGGGAAAAAAAAAUAGAAUUAAAAAUAUAUAUAUAUAAAACUGAGAGGCGUUAGUGGUCAGGUUGAAGGUGGGGAUGAUUGCUAUGGCAACGCUGGGUUGCCUGGUGGCCCAUCUCGGGUCCUACUGGCUGCUCUAGGUUCAGAAAUCAUCCCAGGCAUCCCUGCAGCUUCUUAUGAAUGUAGACGGCAUCCUAAACCCUGCAGUGUAGCAGCGCAGUGCCCAAGGAACGUCCCUGCUCCUGCAGCCACUAGUUGCAAAUCUCAGUUAAAGCAUGAAGGUGAAUCAGAAAAAAGCGUAGUGUGUGGAGUGCUGCUCUGUGUUCUUGUCAAACGGAAACUUGUUCCACUGGAGAGGAACUGUGUAGCCCCGGUAUUAGGGGGACUAAAGGGGAGUUGUAAUGAACUCUGUGUGUGUGUCUGUGUGUGUGUGUGUGUGUGUGUGUCGCGGUCUUCAGAGAGACAUUUUUGGGAUGGAAGAGGGCAGAAAUAGUCCACUUGACAAAGACUUCAUGUAUUAACCUAAGCAUUAAUGUCUGUCUAUGGGAGUCUCUGUUUCCUCCUUUUUACAAUCCAUGGCCGUGUGCGUGUGCGUGUGCGUGUGCGUGUGUGUGUGUGUGUGUGUGAGAGAGAUCACAUGCAACUAUUGCUCCUCACCUCACCACUUCCUCAU